CCUGCACAUUUUGAACUGCGUAGCGUCAGAGGCAUCUUGCGUUGUGUGACAACCCGAGCUCAACAUGGCAGAUGUUGCAACUCUUGAUGAAGAGCCAAAGCAAGACGAAUGUACUGCAUCCGUCAAGUCCGAAACCGACGAGACAUCUGAAGAAACACCCAACGGUGUGAAAACGGAUGGCGAAGAAACUAAGCCCCCUAAAGAAAAGCAGGAUGCUAAAGAGAAGUCCUCUGGGAGCAGAAGAGGGAACCGCUACCAUCCCUACAAAGACAAACAUGGUGGAGAAAAGAAGGGUGCUCACAGGAACCGGGUGUUCAUCAGCAAUAUCCCCUAUGAUAUGAAAUGGCAGGCAAUUAAAGAUCUAAUGCGUGAGAAAGUUGGUGAGGUUACAUACGUGGAGCUCUUUAAGGAUGCAGAAGGAAAGUCAAGGGGUUGUGGUGUGGUGGAGUUCAAAGAUGAGGAGUUUGUGAAGAAGGCGAUAUUAACUAUGAAUAAGCACGACCUGAAUGGAAGGCCACUCAACAUCAAAGAGGACCCUGAUGGGGAACAUGCCCGGCGUGUGCUGCAGCGCAUGGGAGGUGGUCAACAAGGAGGUCGUGGGCAGGACAUGGGGCCUGGUGGGAUGAACAUCCCACCCUCCAUUGCCAACAACCCCAACAUCCCACCUGAGGUCAUCCAUGCGCUGCAAGCCGGACGACUGGGCACCACAGUGUUUGUGGCCAAUCUGGAUUUCAAGGUGGGCUGGAAGAAGUUAAAGGAGGUGUUUAGCAUGGCAGGUGUGGUGAAACGAGCAGAUGUAAAGGAGGAUAAAGAUGGCAAGAGCCGCGGGAUGGGAACAGUGACUUUUGAGCAGUCACUGGAGGCUGUGCAGGCCAUAUCCAUGUUCAAUGGACAGAUGCUUUUUGACAGACAGAUGCACGUUAAAAUGGAUGAGAAAUCUCUUCCCCCUGAUGAUUUCCGUCAAGUAGAAAAAACAUCUCAGUUACCAAGGGGUCUUGGUGGUGUUGGCAUGGGACUGGGGCCAGGUGGGCAGCCUAUAAAUGCCAAUCGCCUGAGUGGUGGAGGAGGCAUGGGCUCCAUGGGGCCUGGAGGUAUGGAUGUUGCAGGUUAUGGUGGAAUGAACAGACUUGGAGGAGGAAUGAGUGGUGGCGGGGGCUUCGGGGGCAUGGAGAGCAUGGGCAACAUGGGUGGCUUUGGAGGGAGAGACAUGGCUCCAGUUGGCAGGAUGGGAGAUAUGUACCGGUCAGGAAUGGGUGGAAUGGAUCGGGACUUUGGGCACAGUGACAUGCCAGUGAAUCGAGGAUUUGGGGAUUCUUUUGGAGGCAUGGGCGGAGGUUAUGGAGGAGGCAUGGGCAGUGGUGGCAUGGGGCACAUGGGGACUGGAUUAGGUGGUGGUGGAAUGGGCAAUAUGUCGAUGGAUCGCAUGGGCUCCAGCUUUGACCGUAUGGGCAUGUCAGCAAUGGACAUGAACCGUGGCUUUGGUGGCUAUGGAGGUGGGGGACCAGGCCACAUGGGUGGAGGCAUGUCUGACAGAGGCUCUGGGUCCAAAGCAGGCUGUCAGAUCUUUGUGCGAAAUCUGUCCUAUGAUCUUACAUGGCAAAAGCUGAAAGAGAAGUUCAGUCACUGCGGCCAGGUAAUGUUUGCAGAGAUCAAGAUGGAGAAUGGGAAGUCAAAGGGCUGUGGAACAGUGAGAUUUGACUCACCGGAGAGUGCUGAGAAGGCCUGCAGGAUGAUGAAUGGAACUAAGAUCAAUGGCCGAGAGGUGGACGUCCGCAUCGAUCGCAACGCCUAGAGCUUUUGUAGGAGUCAUGCUAACACACUUCCACAUUCAACCCUCUUGCCAAUGAUCUUUUGUUUUGUUUUAAAAACACAAUUACUUCAUAUCUCCAUUUGUCCACUGUUUCAAAUAUUUUUGUUUAUAUAUAUACUUCAUAGCUCUUUUAUCUUUGUUUUGUAAACCCUUUUUAAUUUGUCAGGCAGUUUAUUUGAACAAAUAAACUUUUUAAUUUUUAAA